AUGGAAAAUUUUAAUAUUAAAAAACUGACAUUCUUUUCUAGAAAAUUCACAUUAACCAUUCUUUUGUUAUGUUUAUUUUUAAUUCCUAUUGUUAGAGCUCCACCACCUCCACCCUCUCCUUCAACUAAUUCCUCUUUCAUUGUUUCCACUUCCUCAAUUGUUCACACUUCUCCCACCAUUUCUUCUUCUCAUGCUCUAAUUUCCCCUUCACCACCUUUAUUUAAUGAAGAUGUUGAUUCAUCUUCUGCUGUUAAUAAUAAUGAAUCAAAUUCUAUCUUAUAUCUUGUUGAUGUACUCUUAUUAGCAUUGGAUAUUUGCAUUUGCAUUUAUUUGAAGAGUACAUAUGAAGAGAGAAAAGCUGAUGAACCUCAUUUUAUAUAUUUAUUAAAUUAUAUGAAUAUUAUUCUCAGUACAAUUGGAAUGAUUAUUGGAUGUGAUAAAACAAAUAAGGCAAUUAUACAAGGAUUAAUAACUAUAUUUUUUUUUUGGCCCAUUCUGAUACAGAAAAACCCUCUGCAACACAAAAUUGAAGCAAUGUUUUUUAGAUUUUUGCCAAGCAAGAUUGAAUUAGAAAAGGAAAUAAUAAUUUCGCAGCUUUUUAAUUAUGAUGAGUUUCUAAAACCAAUAUUAUUGAUUAUUCCAUCAACUGUUCAAGGUGUGAUCUUAUAUCCUAAAUAUGAUAAUAUCAUCAUAAUAGUUACUAUUAUUUUAUCUUAUGCAGCAACAUUCAUGGAAAUGCGUCGGAAAGUUCAGAUGUCUCAGGCUCGGGAACCUCAAAUAUCUCCAAAACUCAAUGAAUUUUUAACACUAUUUUUUGUGGAGUUAGGGAUAAUUUUUCUUAAAUUUUGUGUAUAUAGUGUAUACGGUAUAGGAAUGGCAAUAAUUUUUAUAUCAUCUAUUUUAGGACUAGUGCAAAUGCCAAUACAAUUGUCUUUUGUGUUUUUUGAAAUUGCUCCUAAGGCUUUUUAUGAAUAUGUUUUAUAUGUUAAACCAUUUUUAGAAUUUUUAAUAUAUUUAGGAAAUUAUUUAAUAGAUGUAUUUUUAAACUUGUAG